CACCUCUGCUCCACCCUACAACCCUAGAGACCCUCCAAGCACAUAAUUCUAAAGCUAUGCAUACCCUGACAUGCACCCACGUCUUCCGCAUCCGCGACCACCAGCCCUGGAGCGAGAUGAGGUCCUUCUCCGCGAAACAACGAUUCCAACAGUCGAGCGAGAGCGGAGCAGCACUACCGUUCCGCCGAAGCAGCAGCGACAGCGACAAUGCGCCGCGCGAUGAGCCCGACUCUGGCGCCUCCGAUAACGGCGGAAGCAGGGAGAGCGACGGUGAGAAGAGGUAGCGGGAGGAGGCAGCGAGGAGAGAUAGCGAAGCAGGCGGCGCAGUAGUGGGAAUUUUUCAGGAAAUGAAGUUGACGAAUUGGGCUCCCAACCAUUGCCUCAAGAUCUAUGAAACACUUCCCGUAACGCCAGGGCCGUGCUAGAACCCCAGUCUCCUAGUACUAUAAAUAUUCCCAUAUUAUUCAAUCGCUACACGCACCUUUCUUUGGUAAUAGCACCCGACUUUUUCCAACUCGGCGCGCGGACCCCACCCCUAUCUCGACGGGGCAACGAAGUUAUUUUUUUACAACCUUAUGGAUUAUUCGCCUGAAUGAGGUGUAUCCGAUCCGGGUUUUGGUUUUCUGGUAGGGGUUGUGGUUGUUGAGUU